GUCCAACCGAAGGGCUCACCAACAUCCACAGGCACCCCAACUCCAAAUCCCAUUUCCCUUUUUCAAAUCCCGAAAAAAGAAAAGACAAAAGAAGAAGAAGAAGCCCAUUUUUAUUUAUUUAUAUAAGACAAAGGGAGAAAAAGAGAGGACAUUACUUUUGAAAUGGGGGGUUUUCCUUCUAGUUUUUAGGUUCUUACACAGGAUGAGUGAGGACGAGGAGAGAGAAGAGAUCAUCAAAUGGUUCGAGAACUUAACAGAGCGUGCCCAAGAAGUGCAGAGUGAGACUCUUAGAGAGAUAAUUGAGUUGAAUCUGGGGGCUGAGUAUUUGAAGAAAUGGAUUGGUGCAAGUGCAAGUGUAUUUGAUUUUGAUGAUUCAGAUGUGGAAGCAUGUUAUAGUAGCUGUGUGCCACUGGCCACUCAUGCAGAUUUUGAGCCUUACAUAAAGAGGAUUUCUGAUGGGGAUGCAUCCCCCAUUCUCACUCAUAAACCCAUCCCUUCCCUCUCCCUCAGGUCCAGUCUCCCUGAGCUUUUCUUUCAGUGUAUUUCUUUCUCUCUCAUGCCUUUCUUGUUCUUCAUUUCAGCUCGGGAACAACAGAAGGAAGAGCCAAGUGUCUUCCCUUCACGUGCCACAGUGCUCAGUCUUCAGUGCAGGUCUUCAGGGUGGCUGCUGCUUAUAGAUCCAGGUUUUUGUCAAUACAAAUUUAUGGUGUUCCCCAUCAGAAGUGGAGGCAAAAUCCUAGAGUUCAUUUACGGUCGGAAACCGACCAAAACAAAGGGAGGCUUACCAGUAACAACUGCCACCACCCACUACUUUACCAGCAAAGAAUUCAAAGAAAAGCAGAAAACAACAAAGGCCUUCACCUGUAGCCCAGAUGAAGUCAUUAACGCCACAGAUCACAAACAAGCCACAUAUUGCCAUCUCCUCUUUGGUCUCCUCUACUCCAAUCAAGUUGAAUUCCUGAGCUCCACCUUCUCCUUUGCCUUAGUCCAGGCCUUCAAAGCAUUUGAGCAAUCAUGGCAAGAACUUUGCACAGACAUAAGAGAUGGAACCCUGAGCCCAAGAAUCACUUCACCCGAACUAAGACGAGCCGUAGUCGGCUCGUUUACUUUGGACCCGGAGCUGGCUCGGUCCAUAGAAGAGAGGUGCAAUGGGCUGGAUGAUUGGUUUGGUGUCAUUCCAAAGCUUUGGCCUAAUGCAAAGUAUGUUUAUUCUAUAAUGACUGGUGCCAUGCAACCAUAUGUGAAGAAGUUGAGGCAUUAUUCAGGGGAUUUGCCUCUUGUUAGUGCAGAAUAUGGUGCAUCAGAGUGUUGGAUUGGGGUGAAUAUUGAGCCUACAGAGCCCCCUGAGAGGGUUACCUUUGUUGUGGUCCCUAACUUGGCUUAUUUUGAGUUUAUUCCACUUUUUAGGAGGACGAGUUUUGCGGUAGGGGUUGAUGAUUUUGAUGAAGGGAGACCUGUGGGGAUGGGAGGUGUUCAAGUGGGGGGCGAGUAUGAAGUUGUGGUCACCACUUUUACAGGACUCUACAGGUAUAGGCUAGGGGACGUUGUGCAAGUGGUAGGUUUCCAUAAUGGCUCGCCCAAGCUGAGCUUCGUGGGUCGAAGAAAGCUCAUUCUCACUCUAACCAUAGACAAGAACACUGAGAAAGACUUGCAGCUCGCUGUAGAGAGGGGGUCUCGGUUCCUCAGCCGAGCCGAGUUGGUCGAUUUCACAAGCCAUGCUGACUUAUCAGCCUCACCUGGUCACUAUGUUGUUUAUUGGGAGCUUUGUGGUCAUGAGGAAGAAGAAGAAGAGUGGUUGUUAAAGGAGUGUUGUAGAGUGAUGGAUGAGGCGUUUGCAGAUGAAGGUUACAAGGCUUCGAGGAGGGAUAAUGGCAUAGGGCCAUUGGAGCUUUGCAUAGUGGAAGAGGGGACAUUUAGGAAGAUAUUAGAGCAUUUUAUUAGUAAGGGGGGAGCCAUGAGCCAGUUCAAGAUGCCUAGGUGCACUAGUGACCCGGUCUUGUUGAGCAUACUCAAUGGAUCCACCAUGCGUAGCUUCCUUAGCACGGCUUAUAGAUAGACAACAAAAAUCUCUCUCUCUCUCUCUCUCUCUCUCUCCAAACUACAAAUUUCUAUUGUAAUUUGUUUACAAUUAGUUUUUGUCCAUCGUUUAUGAAUCUAUCUCUCCAAACUACAAAUUUCUAUUGUAAUUUGUUUACAAUUAGUUUUUGUCCAUCGUC